UCAAGAUGGCGGCGCCCCACUCCAUCAUGAAAUUCUGGAAACCCGGGGCCGAGGCGCCGGGAGUGUGUGAGGAGAGGGAGCUGAACACGGAGCUGAGCAGCACCGCUGUCAUAUACAACCCUCACAGUUCCCUGUCUGUGGAGAAACAGAGGCAGAAGCUUCCCGUCUUUAAGCACAGGAACAACAUCCUGUACAUGGUGGAAAGCUUUCAGACCGUAGUGAUCCUGGGCGAGACCGGCUCGGGGAAGAGCACACAGAUUCCUCAGUACCUCCUGGAGGCCGGAUGGGCCGCAGAGGGGAAGGUAAUCGGCGUGACUCAGCCUCGGAGAGUAGCUGCUACAUCGGUGGCCACUCGGGUAGCAGAGGAACGUGGAGCGUUUUUGGGGCACGAGGUGGGAUACACCAUCCGAUUUGACGAUUGCUCAGACCCUCACGCAACCCGUAUAAAGUUCCUCACAGAUGGGAUGCUGGUCAGGGAGAUGAUGGCUGACCCGCUGCUCAAAAAGUACAGUGUCCUCAUGUUGGACGAGGCCCAUGAGAGGACUCUCUACACCGACAUCGCCAUCGGCCUUCUGAAGAAGAUUCAGAGGAAGAGGAGGGACCUGCGAUUAAUCGUCGCGUCCGCUACACUGGAUGCCAAGAAAUUUCACGACUUUUUCAACCUGAAUGAAACGGGAGACCCGAGCAAGGACACGUGUGGGAUCCUGACGGUCGAGGGCCGCACGUUCCCUGUGGAGGUUUUCUACACAGUCAGUCCGGUUCCAGAUUAUGUAAAGGCCACGGUGGAAACCGUGCUGAAGAUUCACGAAGCCGAGGAAGACGGAGAUGUUCUGGCGUUCCUCACUGGACAGGACGAGGUGGAGAAGGUGGUGUCCAUGCUGCAGGACCAGGCUCGCUCUCUGUCUCGCCACGGCUUGAAGAAACAUCUGCGUGUCCUUCCCAUGUACGCGGGCCUUCCUUACUCCGAGCAGCUGAAAGUGUUCGAAAGGUUGCCACCUACUGUCCGAAAGGUGGUGGUCGCCACGAACAUCGCCGAGACGUCCAUCACCAUCAACGGCAUCGUGUUUGUGCUCGACUGCGCGUUUGUCAAGCUGCGCUGCUACAACCCCCUCACAGCCAUCGAGUCUCUUGUGGUGACGCCCAUCUCCAAAGCCUCGGCGUCUCAGAGAGCGGGAAGAGGCGGACGUAACCGGCCCGGGAAAUGUUUCCGGCUUUACACGGAGGAAGACUUCGAGAAGCUUCCGGAGAGCACCGUGCCCGAGAUGCAGCGCAGUAAUUUGGCUCCGGUUAUCCUCCAGCUCAAAGCUCUGGGCAUCGAUAACGUUCUGCGCUUCAGCUUCCUGUCCCCGCCGCCGGCGCAGACCAUGGUGCAGGCGUUGGAGCUGCUCUUCGCUCUCGGGGGUCUGGAUCAGUACGGGCGUCUGACGGAGCCCACGGGGGUCCACAUGGCCGAGUUCCCCCUCAGCCCCAUGUUCGCCAAGAUGCUGCUCGAGUCGGGGAACUUCGGCUGCUCCAAAGAGAUCAUCACCAUCGCCGCCAUGAUGCAGAUCCAGAACGUGUUCGCCGUGCCGUCCAAUCAGAAGAAAGCCGCCGCGCGCGAGCACAGGAAGUUCGCUGUGGCCGAAGGCGAUCAUCUGACCAUGCUGAAUGUCUACGAGGCUUUCGUGAAGCAUCAGAAGAGCUCUCAGUGGUGUCAGGAGCACUUCCUGAACUAUAAGGGUCUGCUGCGUGCCGUGACGGUCCGAGAGCAGCUCCGUCGCCUGCUGAACAAGUUCAAGGUUCCUCGAACCUCCAGCGAAGGCGACCCAGACGUGAUUCUGAGGUGCAUCGUGUCGGGAUUCUUUGCUAACGCGGCGCGCUUGCAUCACUCCGGAUCCUACAGGACUUUACGGGAUGACCGGGAGCUUCACAUUCAUCCCAACUCUGUGCUUUACGGAGAGAAGCCUCCGAAAUGGGUGGUCUUUAACGAGGUGGUUCAGACCUCCAAGUACUACAUGCGAGACGUGACUGCGGUGGAAUCGUCCUGGCUGGUGGAACUGGCACCUCAUUUUUAUAAACAGGCCACGCACGGCUCUCUGGGAAGCAAACGGUCCAAAGUCUUCUGAAUUCGUCAUCCAUCGUGACCGGCUGCUGAACUAAUGAUCCUAAAGUACUUGAGCGUGUACACACACACACACACACACACACACACACACACACACACACACACACAUUGUAAUAAGGCAGCAGCCUCGUAUAUACGUGUACGAUUAUAUUUAUUUCUUCGUAUUCGAGUUAAAUUGUCCACCAGCACAUGAACACGAACACGAUUUUGUCUUGAGGUCAAAGGUCGUUCAUGGGGCUUCCUUUUUUAUUUUUUCUACUGCUUUUUUGAGUUACAUCGUGCAUGGCCUAACUUGGGAAGUGAAAUAACCUUUAUCCAUUUUUUUUUUUUUUUCAUUUUAUGAUUAAAAAAAAAAAUAAAAAAUUCAGGAAAGAGAGCGAUCUAGAUGAUCCUAAGAGCUUGGGACAGGUUGUGCUGCACCCUGAGAUUUUUUUAUUUUUAUUUUUUUUUUUAGUUAUUUUUAGUUAAUUUUUAGAUUUUUUUUUUUAUUUUUAUUUUUUUAAUUACACAAUGGAAAUCUUUUUUUCUUUUCCAUAGGGAAAAAAACUGUGUAGCUGAGAUUUAGUGGCCUUUUCCUCACCAUUAUGUGCCAAAUAUUAAAGACAUUUUAUAAUAUUAAAUAACGUUGCCAUUUUUACACCCGUGCCUAAAAAUGUGCUUUCAUCAAAAAUGGCAGAAAUCCUGGAGAAAUUUUUUUGGUUUUUAAUUCUUACACGACAUUCCAUGCUGAUUUUCUGAAAUUCGUCAGAAAAUCAUUCGAAAGUCAUUUUUUUUUCCUCUUUUUUUUUCAUGAACGAGCUUGUACACUUUAAACGUUACGUUAAUGCCCCAAGGUAUAUUAAAAAAAAAAAAAAAAUCGUUUUUGAACGAGAGCACAAACAGAAAUGGUCGGUAUUUUGACAUCAACCUGCUUUCAUUUGAUUAAAAGUUACUCCUCGAGCUUAAUUACAAAUAUCUGCAUGAUGAUAACGAUAAUAAACCAAUUUAAUUACCUUGCGUAGUCGAGCCGUAGCUGCUGCUCAAGUCACGUCGUAUUAUUCCAACAAUAUUACUCCAGAAUCAACUUCCUGCAUGCUGGGUUCCUCUCAGAACACUGUGAAAAUCUUACGUAGUGCGUAGUACACUCACCCAGUUCAUCUCCGCAGUUAUCUUUAUUCUGAGGAUGAGGUGUGGGCCGUCCUCCAUGAAACUAAAACGUCCUCCUGCUUUCCUUUCAUCUCAAAGAUCUGUAUGGAUAUGAAAUACAUGUCCGCCUCAAAUAAAUCUGAAUC